AUGGCAUCCAAAGCUCGCCAUAGCCAAGCGGAAGUCUCCUUCGAUGAGAUUCCCCUAGAGCGGGGUUCAAAUUCCAACGAUGAGGACAUCUUUUCCGAUCUAUCAGCCCGCAUCCCCAGCCUACAACCGCUGUCAUCGGCGGCCAGAGCAGCCACUAGGGCGGAGCGAAAGAUGUCGCUACUCACCGGUUGUCAACUUUAUCCAAAGGCAAUCUUAUGGUCAAUUGUCCUCUCGUCAACGAUCAUUAUGGAAGGCUACGACACGACACUUCUCGUCAGUUUCUUUACAUUCCCGGUCUUCAAUCAGAAAUAUGGAGCCCCAGACCCAUCUCAGCCGGGAAACUUUGAGAUUUCCUCCAAGUGGCAAUCGGGCCUAACCUCUGCAGCCGUGGUUGGCCAAAUCCUCGGGUUAUUUAUGAACGGCUUCCUCGCAGACCGGUUCGGCUAUCGCCGGACAAUACUGACAGCCUUGGUCUCUUUAUGUUGCUUUAUAUUCUUGCCUUUCUUCGCCGUGAAUCUCCAGAUGUUCUUAGUUGGCCAGGUUUUAUGCGGGAUUCCGUGGGGAAUAUUUCAAACCUUAGGCACAACGUAUGCGGCAGAGGUGAUGCCAGUUGCACUUCGGGCAUAUAUUCUAAGCAGUAUGAACAUUUGUUGGUUGAUUGGACAACUAUGUGCUGUUGGAGUAGUUCGCAGCCAAGCAGGCAAUGAAACGGAGUGGGCAUAUCGCAUGCCACUUGCCUUGCAGUGGGCCCUGGCUGUUCCAAUUAUAAUCGGAGUUUACUUCGCACCCGAGUCCCCAGGGUGGCUGGUUCGCAAGGAGCGGCCCGGGGAGGCUAGAAGGACAUUACUGCGUCUUACCACAGCACACGACGCUUUCAACAUUGACGAGGUAGUAGCGAUGAUGACACAUACCAAUGAGACGGAAAAGCAUCUGGGCAACGGUCAAAUCACAUACUUGGACUGCUUUAAAGGGAUCAAUUUCCGACGCACGGAAAUUGCCUGCAUGAUCUGGAUUACACAGCAAGCUUCCUUCUCCAGCUCGGGGACUUACGCAGCAUAUUUCUAUCAACAAGCCGGUCUCAGCGUUCAAAAUUCCUUCACUCUUGCUAUCGGUAUGUAUGGCAUAGCUAUAGUUGGCGCGAUCCUGUCGUGUUUCUGGAUGAGGCGAGCCGGGCGCCGUAGGAUCUACCUCAUUGGUCUCGCCGUCUCAAUGGCUAUUCUCACGGUUGCAGGCGGUAUUGGGUGCAUACCUACAACAAAUGCCCAGUCAUGGGCUCUUGGGGGCCUCAUUACCUUCCUCUCAUUCAUCUACAACCUCAGCAUUGGGCCUAUAUGUUAUGUCCUUGUUGCAGAGAUCCCUUGCACCCGGCUGCGCAUCAAGACUGUUAUCCUCGCCCGUAUCGUUUACAAUAUGGCUUCUAUCGUGACCAAUGUUGUUACCCCACGAAUGCUGAAUCAUACAGCAUGGGAUUGGAAGGGGAAAUCGUGCUUCUUCUUUCUGGGAUUUAGCGCCGUGUGUUUCAUUUGGUGCUACCUGCGACUCCCGGAGACAUUUGGGUUAAGUUACUUGGAGAUUGAUAUCCUGUUUGAAAGGAGGGCUAAAACCAGCAAGUUCCGGGAACUUCAGCGGCAUCUUGCGAAUAGAGGCUAUUUCAGCGUGCCAGAUGAGGGUCAAAAGCAGCCCGCCAUGUGGUAA